AGAAUGGCUGGCGUAGUUUUGGAAACUCUGAAUGUAUGGAAGCUCUCGGCGUUUGGAACACUUAUGUUCAUAGCAUUGGUUUCGUUCUUCGUCAUUGGUGGUUUAGUGAGCCCUUCACCGAACAGCUCUGAACAGAUUCUUAUGUCCAGAUGUGUAGAUUAUUCCGGUGACAGCAGCAAAUGGAUCUAUGUUCGACAUUUUGAGUCCAAUGGUUCAGGUACAAAUUGUGGCGAGAUUCUUCCUGACGGUGAUCUUGACGAAGUUAUUCCCGAAGGAGUGGACGAAAAUCAACUAGUUUUUGUGGCCCAGUUUCCCCAUCCUCGCGACGGAUACAAACUCACCAUGACUCGUUGGUUUCAGCAAAUUAUUGCUGUCCUCAUGCUAGACAUCAAGCACAAGUUUGGUAAUAGGCUCAUUGCUAACGAUGCGAAAAUUUUGUUUGACCUGAGGCUCGGUUAUCGUAACGGUGACGAUCCGAAGGGUGUUUGGCACGAAUUAGCACAUUCGAUUGAAACUCGACCACUCCGGUGUACUCCUGACCCCGCUGCGAAAGAUCAUUUGAAUCAGCUGCGUCCUUCGGAUUCCGAUUUUUACUACGAAUGUGAGGUUAUACCUUUGUUCUCGCUAGCAAGUUGUCAUCAUGAGGAAUACGUGUUGAAUUUGCGUAUACCGAAAGAUGUGAACGGAUCUCUCGGUCAAUCGGGAAGUGUACUUCAGGACGUCUGGAUGGUCGAAAUCCACCAAAACGGAGGGUUCACCAAAAUUUGGUUUUCCCUGAAAACAAUGGUUUUUCCAUUCUCUGUUUUGGCACUGUGCUUCUUCGUUUAUCGUGUACGAGAACUGAACCGUCCCUUCACCGUUCUUGAUCGCACUGUUGUGGUUCUUGGUUCCGGUCUCAUACUCCUGAACUGCCCCGUUGAAUGGAUCUCGCUCGUAUGGAACAGCUCUUUCUGGAUAAUCCUAAGUGACAUUCGACAGGGCUUUUUCUUCGCUGUACUCGCUUGCUUUUUACUUGUGUUUACGGGCGAGCAUAUGAUGGAUAAAUCGCCCUCAGUUAACCGCGUUUACUGGCCUCGGCUACUAUUGGUGAUCACCUCGUGCACUUCUUUGUCAAUCUUCGAGCUCGCUGAGCGGGGGGUUCAAAUCAGGAAUCCGUUUUACAGCAUUUGGUCUCACCCUACGGCUGCCAAGCUCGGUAUCGCUAGUAUCGCUGUUGCGGCUGUUUGCGCUGCCGUGUACACCGGGUACCUGGCUCUUCUCAUUUUCCGUGCGCUCUUGCAAAUUUUCAGCAAACGCCGUCUGUUGACACGCCUUCCUGCAGAACAGUGCACCUACUACAAGGGUGUCAUCUAUCGAUUUAUUGUGCUCAUUAGUUGCACUUCUGUGUGUGCGGGUCUCACCAUCGCCUUCUUCAUGUUUAACAGGCUCACCGAGGACCGGUGGACUUGGGGAGAACGGUCCGUAGAAUACGGAUCAGCAUUCAUUACCGGUGUGUAUGGAAUGUGGAAUGUAUACGUGAUCUCCAUUCUUUGUUUGUAUGCUCCUUCUCACAAGUUUCGCAGUUCUUCUGGCAGAGAGUUGUAUGGUCGUUUGGUUAGCAGUACUGCUGUUGCUGCCACAGAUCCAUGUCAACAGGCUGAUCUUGAUCUUUCGGGUCGAAGCGAAGGUAUCCCACUUUGCCCAAUGAGCGUUGACGACAGUGGACAGACGUGUCUGACGGAUGAAGUCGGUCCAACGGGACCGGGAGGUCUGAAAUUUCUGCGGAAAGUUGCGAUUGACUGAGAAUCAAAUCGGGAAUCCUGGGCACUGUUAUUUAGCUGAACUGAUCUCUUUUCAUUGCUUUCCGCAUUUAUAGCUCCUGUCUCAUUCUCGAUUUUUUACUAUAUUGAACAAGCAUUUAAGACCAUUACGUAAAUUUUAUUAACUUGACUUGGCUGAGUAUUUUCAUCCGCUUGUACGCCUAUUCUUUCAUUCCUUGCCAUUACGUGCCUUAUCCCUCUUUUUUGUUACGUGGCCAAUGGAUUCAGGCCUACAAUCAAUAUAUUGUGCCUCAUUUGACCGUUUGCACGCUAUGUAUGUUUUUCCUAUUUCACGUAUAUGUCAAGUUUGGCGAAACAUUGUUAUCCACCUGUAUUACACCGUUGCCGUUCGGGUGUUUAAUCCAGAAUACAGCGGUUUCUUUUCCUAUUGCUCUGCUAGGUGGUGCACACACUUGUAUACGCGGUUUUCGUUUCAGACAUCUUUCCCCUCUGCGCUUUCACUUUCGCGUUUUUCAUUUUUAAGGUUCGAACGCUUCGUCACCUCAUUGGACGACACAUUUAUAAACUUCUUUCUCCUAUCCGUAAUACUCUAUUAACUGUAAUUUCUACCUUUACUUUUCGUCUUAUAAACAUCACAA